AUGGUACCGUCCGAGGAGGGGAGAACGGAGAAGAACCCUGAAGUCCUCAGAGUUCAGAGCGAGGCCUUGGGCCAGUCAUCUCGCCGCCUCGCACCUCAGUUUCCCAUCUGUGAAGUGGAGCUGGGCCCUCCUGACUCACCUAUUCAUCAGAAAUUACCCGGUUUUGAAUUGGGGGUGUUUGCAUUAUGGGACACUUGCACUCACCUGGGGAAGAGAGGAAAGAGAGAAAAUGAGAAAUCACUUUUGGAGAAAUGUCCAUGCUGUCAUCUUUUCUGUUUUCGCCCGGGACUUUGGCAUGCAUGCACACUGAAUUCUGGAAGUUACGGUCAGUCUGGGGGUGAGCAGCAAAGUUAUUCUUCCUAUGGGAAUCAAAGCAACCAAGGCUAUGGACAAGCAACACAAAGCUAUUCGGGCUAUGGGCAAACAACUGAUUCGUCUUAUGGACAGAACUAUGGCGGUUACUCCAGUUAUGGACAAAACCAAUCAGGUUAUUCACAGUCUUAUGGUGGUUAUGAGAAUCAAAAACAGAGCUCUUAUGGCCAGCAGUCAUAUAAUAACCAGGGACAACAGAGCACGGAAUCAUCAGGAGGUCAAGGUGGAAGAGCGCCUUCGUAUGACCAAUCAGACUAUGGUCAACAAGAUUCAUAUGAUCAACAGUCAGGCUAUGAUCAACAUCAAGGCUCAUAUGAUGAACAGUCAAAUUAUGAUCAGCAACAUGAUUCCUAUAAUCAAAACCAGCAGUCUUAUCAUUCACAAAGGGAAAAUUACAGCCACCACACACAAGAUGACCGUCGUGAUGUGAGUAGGUAUGGAGAAGAUAAUAGAGGAUAUGGCGGGUCACAGGGAGGAGGUAGAGGGCGUGGGGGAUAUGACAAGGAUGGAAGAGGUCCUAUGACAGGAUCAAGUGGUGGUGACCGCGGUGGCUUCAAAAAUUUUGGUGGUCACAGGGAUUAUGGACCCAGACCAGAUGCUGAUUCAGAAUCUGAUAAUUCAGAUAACAACACAAUCUUUGUGCAAGGACUUGGGGAGGGUGUGUCUACAGAUCAAGUGGGAGAGUUCUUUAAACAAAUAGGAAUUAUCAAGACAAACAAGAAGACUGGAAAACCAAUGAUAAAUCUUUAUACAGACAAGGAUACAGGGAAGCCAAAAGGAGAGGCAACAGUGUCAUUUGAUGACCCUCCAUCAGCUAAGGCAGCCAUUGACUGGUUUGAUGGAAAAGAAUUCCAUGGCAAUAUCAUUAAAGUAUCUUUUGCUACUAGAAGACCUGAAUUCAUGAGAGGAGGUGGAAGUGGAGGUGGGCGUCGAGGCCGUGGAGGAUAUAGAGGUCGUGGAGGCUUUCAGGGGAGAGGUGGAGACCCCAAAAGUGGUGACUGGGUUUGUCCUAAUCCGUCAUGUGGAAAUAUGAAUUUUGCUCGAAGGAAUUCCUGCAAUCAGUGCAAUGAGCCUAGACCAGAGGACUCUCGUCCUUCAGGAGGAGAUUUCCGUGGGAGAGGCUACGGUGGAGAGAGGGGCUACAGAGGUCGUGGGGGUAGAGGUGGAGACCGAGGUGGCUACGGUGGAGACAGAAGUGGGGGUGGCUAUGGUGGGGACAGAAGUGGUGGCAGUGGCUAUGGUGGAGACAGAAGUGGGGGUGGCUAUGGUGGAGACAGAAGUGGGGGUGGCUAUGGUGGGGACAGAGGAGGUGGCUAUGGUGGGGACCGAGGUGGCGGCUAUGGCGGAGACCGAGGAGGCGGCUAUGGAGGUGACCGAGGUGGCUAUGGUGGAGACCGAGGAGGGGGCUAUGGUGGAGACCGAGGAGGCUAUGGUGGAGAUCGGGGAGGCUAUGGAGGAGAUCGGGGAGGCUAUGGAGGAGAUCGAAGUCGGGGGGGCUACGGAGGAGACCGUGGUGGUGGCAGUGGCUAUGGUGGAGACCGAAGUGGAGGCUACGGAGGAGACAGGAGUGGUGGCGGCUAUGGAGGAGACCGAGGUGGGGGCUAUGGAGGAGACCGAGGUGGCUAUGGAGGCAAAAUGGGAGGAAGAAACGACUACAGAAAUGAUCAGCGCAACCGACCAUACUGAUGACUGUUUUGAAUGUUCCUUUGUCUCUGACAUGAUCCAUAGUGAAAUUGCCAGAGUUUUGCCUGCUGCUUUCCUCGUGGCCUCUUCUUGGGUAGUGAAAUAAGUGACAUUUGGAUUUUUAUUUGGGUGGGAGGGCUGGGACAGUUUUUCUUUUAGAAAUGUCCAUUGAAAUUUUCCCCUUUAGUUUCCAACUUUCUCCUUCCCAUUCCUUAAAGCUCAGUACGUUGUAAAAUAUUGCCAAAAUGGAAAGUGUUUUGUAAUACUGCAAUAAAGGCUGCUUGUUUUUGUGGACUUUUGUA